AUGAGGAAGACAGACCUGACUAAGACCUUGAAGAAGGAGAUGGUCUACUACAUCAAUGAGAACUAUAAAGAUUCAAGUCUCAAGCCUGCAAUGAGAGCUGUCGCACCCAUCACAUUAGCUAAGCUGACUUACAUGCUAAACAUUGGCAGCACUUCUCAAAACUUUCAUCUUGUCACACAAAAAGAACCGUUUGGAGUACAAGAGGAGAUUGAGGCUACUCCGGCAGGAUGUAGCAACUUUGAGGCAAAGCAGUUAGGAGUCAUCAAUGUGUUGGACUGCAAAUGGACCAAAGCACUACUUUUGUCCUUCCACAGGAGACUUUCGGGCAACCACCUGAGACACAUCCCUGGCCCCGUGCUCCAAGGCCUCUACAACCUCAAAGUCCUAUCUGCUUCUGUUCAUUCUAAUAAAAACAGGCGUCUGGAUGCCAACUUGAUUAUGGAGGUGCCAGAAAGGACCCUCUCGGGUAUGCGGUCCCUGCGACACUUGUGGCUUGAUGACAAUGCCCUGACAGGGAUCCCAGUAAGUGCCCUCAACGACCUCUCCUCACUCCAGGCUAUGACCCUUGCCCUAAACCGCAUCACCCACAUCCCAGACUAUGCCUUCAGGAACCUUUCCAACUUGGUUGUGCUGCAUCUUCAUAACAACAUGAUCCGGACCCUCGGACAGAACUGCUUUGAGGGACUGCACAGCCUCGAGACUCUGGAAUUGAACUUCAAUGACCUUCAAGAGUUCCCCGUGGCCAUUCGCACACUCGCCAAACUUCAGGAACUGGGUUUCCAUAACAACAACAUUAAGGCCAUUCCCGAGAGAGCGUUUGUGGGGAACCCACUUCUUCAGACCAUUAAUUUCUACGAGAAUCCCAUUCAGUUUGUUGGCAGAUCAGCAUUUCAAUUCUUGCCAAAGUUACACACGCUCUCUUUGAACGGGGCCACUGAGAUCCAAGAGUUUCCAGAUUUGAAAGGAACCACCAGCCUGCAAGUUCUUACGCUGACCCGAGCUGGACUGACCGGCCUGCCAUUUGAUCUCUGCCACCUGCUGCCUAAAUUAAGAGUGCUGGAGCUGUCGCACAAUGCCAUCGAAGAGCUGCCGAGUUUCUACCACUGUGCCUCUCUUCAAGAGAUAGGCCUGCAGCAUAAUCUGAUCAAACAGAUUGAGAUGAACACAUUCCAACAGCUCAGCUCUCUGCGCUCACUGGAUCUAAGCUGGAACAGGAUCAACACCAUCCACCCUGAUGCAUUUUCCUCUCUUCAGUCACUCAUUAAACUAGAUCUCACUGGGAACCGAUUGAGCAGUCUCCCGCUCACUGGGCUAACAAGCCUUACUCAUCUUAAACUGAAAGGAAACAUGGCACUCUCGCGUUCCUUCAGAGAAGAGGACUUCCCCAACAUAAGGGUCAUUGAGAUGCCAUAUGCCUAUCAGUGCUGUGUUUUUGGAGCCUGCAAAGGCUACAAAGCAGCCAGCCAGUGGGAAGAACAGAUGGGCAGUGAAGAGGAAGAUGUCCAGAAGAAAGCUCUGUCCCUGUUCCCCAUUCACACUGACACCAACUAUGACCUUGACUUAGAGGAAUUCCAGUUAGGUAUUGAAGAGUCCAAACUGCAAACCAGCAUACAGUGUACCCCCAUCCCAGGUCCAUUUAAACCAUGUGAUAACCUGUUUGACAGUUGGGUGGUACGGCUUGGCAUGUGGCUCAUCGCUUUGGUCUCGCUGAUGGGAAACAGCCUUCUCCUCAUGACAGUCUUUGCAUCCCCCAGCUAUCUCGCCCCUGUUAAGUUCAUCAUCGGCACCAUCAGUGGCGCCAACCUGCUUACAGGCCUGUGUACUGGCACCAUGGCAUUGGUUGACGCCCGGACAUUUGGAGAGUUCGCCCUGCACGGCGCUCAAUGGGAAAUGGGUACAGGCUGCCAAGCAACAGGUUUUCUUUCAGUUCUAGCCUCGGAGGGCUCCAUACUCUUCCUGACCUUGGCUGCAGUGCAGUGCAGCGUAUCCGUGUCGUGCGCUCGAGCCUACGGUAAGUCGCCCUCUCUGGGAAGCGUGCGAGCCGCAGCAGUGGCGUGCUUGGCACUUUCGUUGGCAGUCGCCGCUUUGCCACUUAUUGGGGUCGGGGAGUACGGGGUAACUCCGCUUUGCAUGCCAUCACCACUGCCAGAUGGCGAACCUUCCACGUUGGGAUUCAUGGUCACUCUGAUAAUGAUGAACUCCCUGUGUUUCCUGGUGAUCACCGGAACUUACAUUAAACUGUACUGGGACCUGAUGAAGGGAGACUUUGACAGCAUUUGGGAUUGCGCCAUGAUCAAGCACGUGGCCUGGCUUAUCUUCACCAACUGCCUGCUCUACUGCCCCGUGGCCUUCCUCACCUUCUCCUCCCUUCUGGGACUCUUUCCUGUGAGCGAGGAGGUUGUCAAAUCAGUCGUCCUGGUGCUUCUGCCUCUUCCUGCAAGCAUCAACCCCUUGCUCUACCUCCUCUUUAAUCCACACUUCCGUGAAGAUGCACGUCUGCUUUUGAGCAGAGCUCACCUCCAUCAUGACCGCAACUUGGAUUCCUUCAUCUCUGUUGACACAGAGAAAAGCUCCUAUGACUCCACUCAAGCCUUGGUGUCCUUUGCCGCUGAAGCAGAUGCAGCGUAUGAGAGUUCAUCGGCACCAAACUCAGAGACAGUUGCCCGGUUUUCUUGCCCACCCUCAGUGCCUCUCAUCCCAUGCCAGAUGCAGAUGAAACCCUCAACAGAAAGGGAUAAUGUUGCAGAGAAUCUGGUCAGGUCAACACCAGGACUCACUGUCAAAGAGCAGGAGCACCUUAGGAGCAGUGGACUGGACACUCAUAAUGGAACCUCCUUCUCUGGAGUCUACCACUCCCCACAUCUCUCAACUCAUUUUUAAGUCUUCUCUUAACUCUAAAGUUUUUAAGGACCCUUUGAGCACAAGAAGUCAUGAGCCCACAUAUGAACUGACCGCUAAAACCUUCAGAGCUAAUGAACAAUUAACUUUUAAUUUGGGACUAUAUAAAACCAUACAGUCCCAACUGCUACAUGGCAUUCUUAAAGAAAAAAAAAAAAGGAAAGAAAGCCUAAUCACAUUUUUGUGACACAAUCUUGUGGGCCCUUAAGUAAUUUAAGCAACAAUCUUAAAAUGUUCAAAAACAAAUCUGCAUUAAAUUUUUGUAACUUGUUUGUGUAAUUAGGUUUAAAGGAAUGUUCUGGGUUUAAUAUCAUCUCCAUCCAUGAAAUAUUGAUGAUUU